AUGUAUCUUCCCUCUGUCGUCCUCGGCCUUCUGGGCCUUACCCUCGCGGGCUCUGCAAGCCCCAUCGAGGAACGGAGUAGCCGCACAAGCGCCCCGUCCGGAUGCCUCACUGUCGGCUCGUCGGGCAAAUACUCGACCAUCGGCGCUGCGUUGAACGCUCUUGGCUCGUCCACGUCCGAUGCCUGCAUCUACAUUGCCUCUGGCACGUACACGGAGCAGAUCACCAUCAACUACUCCGGAAAGCUGACCAUGUACGGCGAGACGACCGACACGAGUUCUUACAAGAAGAACGGGGUCACUAUCACCCAUACCAUCUCCUCUCCGGAGGCGGGAUCGCUCGAUAAGAGUGCCACGGUCAACGUCGUGUCGGCCGGGUUCAAGAUGUACAACAUCAACGUUGUCAAUGGUUACGGCAAGGGCGCGCAGGCCGUGGCUCUCGUUGCCAAUGCCGACAAACUUGGCUUCUACGGAUGCAGUUUCGUCGGCUACCAGGACACUCUCUACGCCAAAGCGGGCCUUCAAUACUACUCUAACUGCUACAUCGAGGGAGCCGUGGACUACAUCUUCGGUGACGCCUCCGCCUGGUUCGGCGAAUGUGACAUCGUCUCCGUGGGCGGCGGUGCAAUCACCGCCAUGUCGCGCACGAGCUCCUCCGAGACCACCUGGUACGCGAUCGACCACUGCAACAUCUAUGGGAAAUCCGGCCUCGAUCUUGCCGGUGAUGUCUACCUCGGCCGUCCAUGGCGUGUGCUUGCCCGUGUCAUCUACCAGAAUUCCGAGUUGUCAAACAUCAUCAACGCCAAGGGCUGGACGACCAUGGCCGCGGGCGCGACACCGCUCUACUAUGAGUACAAUAACACGGGUACUGGAUCGGAUACCUCGAAGAGAGAGUAUGAGACUACCAUCUCUGCUGCUGUUAGCAAGAACACGGUCCUUGGCAGCGGCUGGAACAGUUGGAUUGAUACCACAUAUUAA